CCGACGUCAAACCUCCAAACCCUCUCUCUAAUUGCUGUAUACAGAGACAUCGGUCUCAUUUCUCUCUCUUUUCUGCAAACUUUCUUUAGUUUAUUUUGUUUACCCGAGCUCCCUUCAGUCUUAAUCCGUACAAAUCUUUGACAUCUAUUUUCCCUCCUUUUUUCUGUUUCUUCAUUGAUUGACCCAUCUAUCUUCAAUUUUGGUUUUGGGGGUGUUGCUUUGUUUGUUUGUUUGUAUUUUUUUUUUAUUUUUUGGGUUUCUUUCUUCUGGGUUCAUUGAUUUUGGUUGAAGGAUUCUGAAUUGGCGGGAGCCAACGGUCAAUUAUGUGGUUUUAGGAGGUGGGUUUUGAUUGGAUUUGGAUUUGGGAUUGGAAAACGUUUGAAUUGUUGGGAGUUUUGAUGGCUAACCCAUCUGGGAACCAUCAAGAAGCUGGCCAACCAUCGUCUUCCUUCGAUGGAGGGAACCCCAGCAACGGUAAUUCGACCCCUGUAGCUGCAGCGGAUAAUUCGAGUUCGGCUCUUGCUAUGAAGCACAACCCAGGUAUUUCAACGGAUUGGACAUCUGAUGAGCAGGUCACACUGGAAGAAGGGCUUAAGAAAUAUGCCUCAGAGUCUAGUGUCAUUCGGUAUGCAAAGAUUGCAAUGCAGCUACCAAAUAAGACUGUACGAGAUGUUGCUUUGCGUUGCAGAUGGAUGAAUAAAAAGGAAAAUAGCAAGAGAAGGAAGGAAGAACACAAUUUAACAAGAAAGAAUAAAGAUAAAAAGGAAAGAGUAUCUGACCCUUCAAUGAAGUCAGCACAGGUUGCAGCAAGGCCUAAUGUGCCUCCUUAUGGAAUGCCUAUGAUUCCUAUGGACAAUGAUGAUGGUAUCUCAUAUAAAGCUAUUGGUGGUACAACUGGAGAGCUUCUUGAACAGAAUGAACAUGCAAUGCAUCAAAUUUCUUCUAACCUUGCAUCUUUUCAGAUACAAGAUAAUAUCAGUCUCUUCUGCCAAACGCGGGAUAACAUCCUGAAAAUAAUGAACGACUUAAACGAAAUGCCGGAAGUAAUGAAGCAGAUGCCCCCUCUUCCGGUGAAGGUGAACGAAGAGUUAGCGAACACGAUCCUUCCACCGACUGCUCAUUCCUUGCAAUCAUGAGAAAAUCUUCAACAAAAAAACUGGUUCAGCACAACAGAUUCACCUUUUCAAAUCACUUCCACAAGCAAGGAAAGGAAAGUAUAUUUUCUCAACUGAACUUUACCUUCCCAAUUCAGAAUUUUCUGCAUAUCAUCAAAUUGUUUAGUCUUUCGGUCCACAAAGUUGUUCCCUUUUAAUUAUCAUUAUCAUUUUUUGUUUCUUUAGCAUAUAUGGAUUCAUACAUUAGCUUCAAGAGGUAGAUUGUAACUUAGAUGCUGUGUAAUAAUUAGGAAUGGUUUUCUUUCUAAUGGUCUGGGAAAUGAAAAGUAAUAAACAAUGGUUGAUUAUUUGUAUUC